AUGCCUGGACCUACACCCGGAGCAGCAGCUCUUGCAGCGAGUUCGACUGGGGAUCAGCCGUUCAAGGAAACUAUCCUACAGCUGCUUAGCAAUCAACACUCGUUGAUGACCCGGAUGGCAGAACAAAUGCGAAGCAAUAUCACGGAAUUCGCUUACGAUUUGGAAAAGGGAUCCUCUUUCGACGCCUGGUUCUCCAGAUAUGCGGACCUCUUCGAGAAGGAUGCUUCCAAAUUAGACGACGACGCAAAGUACGACUGCUGCUUCACGGCGAAAGACGAAAACGAAGAUUUUAUCUCCUACUCCUGCAAAGUCAACCGAGCUUGUGUUGACUUCAAGCUGCAGGAGCUCAAAGAAGACCAAUUCAAGUGCCUUAUUUUCGUGUGUGGUUUACGCUCACCCAAGGAUGCUGACAUACGAAUGCGCCUGCUUUCGAAGAUCAACGAAACGCAGGAUAUCACCCUGGAAAAAGUAGUGGAGGAGUGCAAAAGUUUGAUAAACUUGAAGAAAGACACCGUUCUUAUCGGUAGUAAAUCUUCCCCCACCGCCGGAGCUGCUGCAACACAUGCUGUUCGAGCGAAUUCUCCUAAUGGCAACCGCCAUAAGAAAGAAAAGUUUGGUGGCAAGAAAUCCGACACGCCUAAAACACCGUGUUGGUCAUGCGGCGGCAUGCAUUUUUCCAGUCAGUGCACUUUCAAGAACCAUAGGUGCCAUGAAUGUGGUCGGACCGGCCAUAAGGACGGCUACUGUUCCUGUUUCGCAUCCAAAUCUGGCUCCAGAAGGAAGCAGCAAAAUAAUAAGAAGUACGCAUCAAAGAUUGUGACAGUCAAGAAUGUUAAUCGCAGCCGGCGAUAUGUGGAGACGGCUAUCAACGGAGUUCCAGUUGAACUGCAGCUGGACUCGGGCUCCGACAUAACCAUCAUUUCGAAACAAAAUUGGAUCAAUGUUGGAGCACCUCAAACAUCUCCACCGAACUGCAAAGUUCAAACAGCUUCCGGACAAAAGUUGGGUAUCGCAGCCAUGUUUCGAGCAUCGUAUACCAUCAACGGAACUCAAAAGGAAGGCUCAGACCUCAUGGAUGAGUUUGGGCUCUGGGACGUUCCAUUCUCAUCGUUUUGUAAGCUGGUCAACAGUCCACAACCAGAUCAGCAGGUGCUCGAACUGAAAGAAGUUUCCCGACGUGUUUACCAACCCCGGACGCUCAGCCGAUAUUCAAACCCAAGCGGCCAGUAUCCGUACAACAUGGAGGCCAUCGUUGAGGACGAGUUGAAGCGACUGGAAGACUCAGGCAUCAUCACACCGGUAACCUAUGCAGAUUGGGCGGCUCAAUUGUUGUGGUCCGCAAACCGGAUCGAUCCGUUCGCAUUUGUGCGGAUUUUUCCACCGGAUUGA